ACAACUCGAUCGCUUUACUCACGAUCGGCCGGAGAAAUAUCGAUCAGAUUCUUCGAGCUGUGUCGGGCCUUAGCGGGGAACCCAGUAAACACCAACCGACAGUAAUAUUUCGCCAAUACUGUGACCAUUGCAGAAGUAACUUUCCUAACCCUGUCUGGAACCGAUAAGUACGUUACAUGCCGCUAAGGCCCGUACUUAUGCUUGCAAUUGUGAGCGGAUCUCAAAGCGCGCGAGGUCGGUUCGUGCGAAACAUACCAUUAGUAGGUACGGCAGAUUUCUCUCGCGCGCCAUAUUGCGUCGCGAUCGACCGUUACAGACGACGCGCGGCACCGAGCGUGCACGGAGCAGCGAUGUUUCGUAAAGAGCAACGUCGACUUGAACGCGAGAUCCAGCUUCCAACUGCGACGCUCGACGUCCACACCCACCCGGCGAGAUAAAAUAACCACGUACGCGAGUGAAACAACGGAGCUUUCUGCACUUCGAAUGAAGCAACUAUGAGCUCACGCUUCACGGAUGGAGGAGGAGAUUGAAAAAAAUUGCCAAACGAUCGGCCGUUUGAAUUAUUCGGCACAACGCUGACCUAACGGACUCUCGUGCUUUUCCAACUGCGCCAAUUACGGAUAAUCUCGAGAGUGCGUCAUGCUGCGAUUUCGCAGUGGUGAAGUUUCCUCCGAUCGCGAGCGAGAGAUUUGAACGCCAAAAAUGCGCGCGCUCUCUCCUUCGCGCCGAAAGCUCGUCGAGAGAUCGUCGAGUCACUCAUCACACUGCGAGCUUUAUUUCGCGUCGCGCCACGAGGAAUACUCCGCGUUUGAUGUAGUGUGUCACCGCGCGUAUAUCGCGAAUAUAUCGCGAGACUGCGGCGCGAGAGGGCAGCGCCGCCGGGGGGCCGAGCGCGACCGAAGUCAUACGAACGUGAGCUCAGCUCGGGCGAGCGACGUGAACAUAGACGCGCUCAGUGCGGACAGUGUGACGGGUGAGUGUGCUCACGCCGGCGGGCUCUGAUUUUGCCUCGUUUUUUGCACGGCCUGUCAAGCCGGAGGAGCCGUCCUACUCUCUCACGGCUGUGAAAGCGGUGUUUCGUGAGUGACGCCUCUGGACGAUCGUGCGUAUCUCCCCCUCUCUCUUUCCGAGACCUGUCUUUCUCGCACGUUACUCCGCUCGAUCUGUCAGUCCUUCCUCCUCUCGCUCACUCUCGUUGUCUCCCUCUUUCCCGGUCUUUCUCAGCGUGACGCGCGGGGUCCGCGCGUGUCGGUGCGUGUCGGUGCGCGUUCGAUAAUCGUUCGCUCGAAGAUAACGUCGCGACGACAUCGAACGACGGUGACGUCGGUCUGUCGUGACGUUUCUGCCUUUCGAUCCGCCGCGUCGCGUGUGCACCACCAGUUGCGUGUUGCGUAACUGCAUUUUACGACAACCCACCUCCGUCUUGUGGGUGCAUCGGCCGACUGCGACGACGAGUUUGGUGCUACAACCCUUUCGAGUCUGACGUUUCGAGCGCACCGCUUCACUGGGUUGUCUCGUACAACGCGUCCUACGAUCGUGGUAGCGGCGCAGCUCGUCGUCGGACGUCCGGGAGGCGGAAGUGCCGUUGUUGUUGACGAUGGAAGCGGGAACGUGUCGAUUCGCCUGAGGGACGACAGUAUCCGUAGAUACGCAAGGAUGGUGCUGGUGGUGAACGGGGUCCUGCAGGAGGAGGUCCCCACCGACAGCAGGUCCCUUUACGCGGCCCACCCGGUAUAUCGCGAGUCCGCUGCCCAGCUGCACUCGAUGCCGGCGAAACUCGUGGGCCCGGUGGGCCUCCUCUACGUCCAGCAACGAGAAAUGGCCGCGACUCUGCCGCACGACAAGAACGUGAGCAUCCUCGGUUCGGACGAUAUGACCACAUGCAUAAUCGUCGUCGUCAGGCAUUCCGGUUCGGGCGCCGCGGCACUGGCGCAUCUUGAUGGCUCUGGAACAGAGGACGCCGCGGCGGCGAUGGUUCAAAGGGUGACGGAACUCGCCCUUGGGUAUCCCGAAGGCCGCCUGGAGCUGCAGUUGGUUGGCGGCUAUUCCGACCCGAGAAACUAUUCCGAGGAACUAUUCUACAACAUACUCUCCGCUUUUCACAAGCAACCGGUGGAGAUCGAUCUGACGCUCUGCUGCGUGGGCGAGUUGAAUACCACCGUGAGAGGCGCGACCCACUGGCCGAUGAUCUACGGUAUCGGGUUGAAUGUGAAGACGGGCGAGAUCUUUCCCGCGAAUUUCCCCGACAAAGGCCCGGAUCAGGCGCUGAGGAGCGCCAGACAAUUGACCGGAGGUCAGCAGGUUCUCGAUAUAUACGACUGCACUCUGGGAUUACUUAGAAUCGGGCCUUUCAAUUACGAUCCCUUGCGAGGCGUGGAUCUCUGGUUGGCGCAAACCGAUCAAUUCAUCCUGCAGCACCUGUCAACGUCACCGGAGGUCGAGCUGCCACAUUUUGCACAACAGGUGCGGGCGACGCUCAAGUACAUCCAGGACAAUCAAUUUCCGGCUGUCACCGUCUUCCGAGAUAAUAGACCUCAUUACUAUCGCCGCGACGAAGCCACCGGUGCCUGGCAGCCGAUACGAUACUAAUUUUAACACCGGUAAAUUCGGGUCGGGACUUCGCUCGCGAGGUCUCACGAGAAUGAUACGAACGUGUAAUAACAAAUUGCGAAUCGACGAGACACGACGAAGCAGGACGACCUGGUCAAGACGGCCAAACCAGUUGUUCGAAUCCGAAUCGCGUCUGUUAAGGGGCCUACGUGCACACACACUCAUCCGAGGCUUGAAAAACGGCCGAAUUUCUUUCCGCCGACUGCAUCAUCGAUUUUAUGAAAAUGUCCUCUUGAGGGAUGAUUCUUUAUACUUUUUUAUCACUUUUUUAUUUACACAUUUACCAAAAAACCCACUGCAAAAAGCUGAUGUGUUAUCGCUGUCUCCACGAAGCAGAUUCAUCCGAUCGGUCGGAUAUCUCGGGAACUAUUGGACCGAUUUAGCUAUAGUUUUGCACGGAUAUUCUUAAUAAAAUUAUCCAACUUUCGCCAUAGGUUUUUUUUAUAUCUGCUAUGAUUUUUUUUUUUUAUAAACGAAAGGGAAAGAAAUUUUCGACGAAAAAUCGAAUGUUAAUAACAUCAUCAAAGAUUAAUAUUUUACAAAUCGAUCACGACGAAUAUAAUACAUCAGUUUUGUUUAUUUACUUCGACAGGUUUAAGCCUUAUUUGUUUCAGAUAAAUGGCGCGUCAGAGAUUCUUUGGGCAUAGAAAAUGCCGAUUAGCGAUGACGAGCUUCAUAAUAAUAGGAAGCAAUAAUAACAGUGUUGCAUAUCAAUUUUUUGUAAUGGGCUUCGUUAAUGUGUAAAUAAAAUAUGAAGAAUCAUUCGUAAAAAGGUUCGUAAAGUCACGCGGAUGGUCAGCGGAAAAAUUAAAGCUUCGGGCGUUUUCGAGUCGCUUGGUUGCACGUAACCUCCUCGGUAAAGUAGCAGUGUCGUCGCUCCAGAGUCGCUCAAGCGAGAAGAAGCCUGAAGAAGUCGCAAGUUUCAGAAAGGUCGUCCCGCUUUACGAUUGGCGAGCGAAUUGCGGAAGUCGGCGUAUAAUUGCGGCCUCCGUCGGUUGGCGGCAAUUAUCUGUGAUCGACGAGAAAAGGACGUCCGAUCGGGGAGAAGCCGUGGGAUCGAGUAUCGAUCGGAGCGGUCAUAAUCAGCGCGCUAGACAACGUCUCGAAGUCUGCUCACAUUGAGAGAGGCGUCUCGUGAAUCGUCUCGGUGUCGUAGUCAGAAUGAAGGCCAGCGUCUGAAUUUGCACCGCAGCGAAUACGAUCCUUCCGAUAUUUUCUCAUUUUUUCUCAUGUAUCUCGAAUUAUCGUGAUUAUUAUGAUGAGGGGAAAUAAGAAAUCUCGGGAACCGGUUCCCUCCUCCAGCAUUUUCGUUAAGACCGUAAAUAUGGUUUGUUUUUUCCGAUAUCCGAACAUCUAGAUAAUCGACUUCCGAAUGAAAAUAUCCGAAUUCGUUGAUACGGAGAUAAAUUAUUAUAAAAAAAUUGUAAACGGAAUUGUGCAGAGGAUAACAUGUUGUAAAGUCAUUUGUGAUAUUUCCUUUUUUGAGCUUUUUCAUUGUCGGAUUUCUUGUCUUUGUUCUCACAUUCGGAUUAAUUCACAUCCGAUCACAAACUACUCCGAAGCCUUAAAUUUGUAUAACUCGGCUAGCUUUAGAAAUUUUAGUAUACUACGGGGUUUAAAAUGUUUCCAAGGUACAAUAGUUGUCAUACACUUGUAGAUUAGAAUGUUCGGAACGAAAAAAUCUGUCGUCAUUUUGCAAAUAACACGCAAAUUGUUAAGUUAUCAAUUAAAGAAGCCUCUAUACAUGGCCAUUUUCAAUCGU